AUGGAAAUUGCGAUUCUUCUGGUUUUAUCUGCGAUGUUGGUGCAAAUGGGAUCGUUGGCAACGGAUGUUUCGUUUGAAAAUUGUGAAAAUGCAUUUUUCGAUAUGAGUGCGAGAGCGAAAGAAACUGGUUGCUUGGAAAUUGGAGAACAAGGAGCGAGAUUUUGUUUUCUUGGGGAACAAGUGACGAAGAGAUCUGCUCGUUCUCUCUGUUUGAACCGAAAAAAACGAAGCGAUGAAAGUGAAAACACCGAUUGUCAACAUUCAGAAAGUCCAGAUGGAACAUUAUGCGUCACUCCGGACUUCAUCUAUCAACUCGGCGAAGCUUCUGCUGAGAAUUGCACAAAGAUUAACAAUAACAAACAAAAAUGCGUUGGACAUUCGGUAAUUAUCACUUGCAAUGAUAGUCAAUGGACAAUCACACAAGUUUGUAACAAAGGAACAAAAUGUCAACAACGACCAAAGUCAAAUUCGAAUGCCUUCUGUGCACCGAAAAAUUAG